CGAUCCACCUCCAGCAUAUACACAGUAAAUAGCCUAUAAAUCAUAGCCUUUAUGUACAUCUAUAUGUGUAUAGUGGUAGUUAGGGGAGCCAACUGAAGGGGUACCCUGCCGGUGGAACAACUGACUAGCUCAACCAUGGCGGCGGCAGACAAACCCCAGCCCCAGAUCAGCGUGGCGGCCGGGGUCAUCGCCCUGCGCGGGGUCAAGCUGUUCCUCAGCGCCGGCCGCGCGGCUGCCGAGAAGAAGGCCCAAGCCCCGCCCCCGGUGAAGAGGAAGGGCAAGAAGGUCAACCAGAAGAUACCGCCCGCCAAGACUGUAGAGCUGCUGGUUAGGACUACCAAGUUUAAUAAACAUGAGCUGGAGGCCCUGUACGGCAUGUACCGGCGGCUGGUGGCGGCGGCGCAGGCGGCCGUGCCCACCAGCGCCAUCGACCCGCCGCCCAAGACUGAGGGCAUAGACCAGAGCACGUUCCGCUCGGUGAUGCACAGCACGCUGGGGCUGGUGACGGAGGAGGCGGUGCUGGAGCGGCUGUGGGUGAGCUGGGAGCGCGGCGCCGCCGGCGGGGAAGGCGCGUUGUGGUUCGACCCCUGGGCGCGCGGUCUGUCCGUGCUGCUGCGCGGGUCGCCGGAGGAGCGCCGGCGGCUCUGCUUCAACGUGUACGACUUGAAUGCAGAUGGGUACAUCACCAAGGAUGAGAUGUUCCAGUUGUUGAAGAACUCGCUGCUGAAGCAGCCGGGCGACGAGGACCCGGACGAGGGCGUGCGUGACCUGGUGGAGCUGGUGCUGCGCAAGCUGGACGCCGACAAGGACGGGCGAGUCUCGCUCGACGACUACAGGGAGGCAGUGGAGCAGGAGCCGCUGCUGCUAGAAGCCUUCGGCCAGUGCCUCCCCUCCAAGCGGCACGCCGCGGCCUUCCUACGCACCCUCGUCACCAAUAAUAAUAAUAAAUAAUUUAAAUUCAUGUCAUGCCGGGUUUCAAAAAGAAACUUUAACGGCGACUUGCACAAGAAUCUUAAAUCUAGAUUUGUCAUAAAUUUAAAAUAUUAACUUACGAUUCUUGAACGAACGAACUGUCACGUAGGUAACGGUAGAUUAAUUAUUUAUUAUAAUGCCAAAUAAUUAAGUAAGUAAGAUGUUAUGUUAAUUUUAAAAUCUAGUAAUUACAUCAAGUGUUCUUAAUUGUAUUCUACUUAAGUAUAAAUGUAAUAGGUUGGUAUCUCUUUCUCUUUCAAUUAAAAUUUAUAAUAUUACUAGUUAAUUAAUACAUUUAUUUUGUUAAGCUUUAUAAAUAAUUCAAGUUCUCAGUGUAAGUACCUAGUACGUAAAUUAACAAUCACAAAACUAGAUUACUACUGUAGGUAAGUAUAGGUACAUAGAUACAGGGUGUAGUUAUAUGAUUAUGCACCCGAAAAAUUACUCAAUUUCCAGAAAGACUCAGAAAUGUAGGUAUUUUAUGAUACCAUCUGUUGAAUUGUGUAACGGUAUGUAAGUACUUUUAUUAAAAGUCUGUAGAUAUAGUAGAGGUAGGUAUUUAUUUUAUUCACUAAGCGCCUUAUGAUUAUACUGAAGCAAUGUAUUGUAUAUUUGAGAAACUGCGAAUUGAUUAUCGUCGCCAGGUCGCAAAUUGAAUUUUAGUUUAAGUUAAUUAAAUAGGAUCUAUUCAUAAUCUUUGUAUUUUUUACAACACAUAAUAUGUACCAGGUUUCGGCUUAGUAUACACUUUUUGCGAUACCCUGUGUAUGUAUAUCUACUUUCUCCGAGAGUGUUUUUGGCCUGUGUAUUUCAGUUAUACAUGAACUUACUUUUUAUUAUAUAUAUAAGUAGGUGUAAGUAUAUAGAAACUAAUUCAGUAAGCUUCCUGUAUUGUUCAUUACUUAUUGAAAUUUCUAUUGUUAUUUUUUUUUACCUAAUUAAUAUUUGCAUACAACUAAAUCUGAGUUCCUAUUUGUAAAUGCUAAUUAACAAAUACCUAAUACAUAAAGACAAUAGUGCUCA